CAUUUCAGUUUCACAAUAGACGUUUAUACACCAUUCGAUAGAGAAUUUCAAGAGCUACAUUUUGCACUAUUUGUAUUUCAAGAUAGAUAAAAUCGACUUUUUGGCCUAAUGUCCGCUUAGUUGCCCAAUGUGCAUUCAUGAAAGUUUUCAUCAUUCGAAGCAGAUAAAUUAGUUUAAAUUUUAUUUAUUCAAACAUGCGCUUUCUAAUUAGUACGAUUAAGCUCAUGUCUGAAUAAAUAAAAUUUAAACUAAUCUGUAAGCUAAAAACGAUGAAAGAUUACAUGUCCUGUUAAAAGAAACUGAUAUUGUCUGAUCGAUCUCAAUUGUUCAACAUCGCUCUGGCGCCACGCCGAUCUUUGGCAGUGUCAGUGAUGCACGGCAUGAAAUAUACACAAUUAAACUUUUCUUUGCCAUCGAACAACAUUGAAACUUUUGUUGUAAGUUAAUAUAUUAAGCCGUUGGUGCAGCACGGCCUGUCAAAGCGUAGCUGAUUUACGAUUUUUUUACUUAAAAUGCAAUUAUCUAAAAACUAAAAAUAGCUGAAAAUAUAAUCCUUGUGCCAUUUUGUAGAGAUCGGCGAGCUCUAUAUAUAGACAGAAAAUAUUUGGAUUUUAUUGAGUGGUUGUGGAGAUAUCCAAAAAAUACGGAGCGUGCCUGACUUACAAAAAAUAUAGAAGUGUUUUAUACCAAUGUCGAAAUUUCAGCGAAAUGAAACGUAAUUAUUUUAUGCUUAACUUGUACCCUAGAUUUCUAGUUAUCUGAGAAAAAACAAAGCCCAAAAAAUCAGUAAUUACUGAGCUACAGCGACAACAAAACCUUACUGACUUACGCCUUGCUUAGGUGAGUUUUUGGCCAAGUUUCUGUCACAGUGGGCAGACCGCUUACUUCGCUCUAAGUUCACAUCCAAUAUGUCAUUCUGUAGCUUAUUCAUUCGACAUUAAAAUCUGGGAAAACUGAACUUCACGUGCCAGGUAGUUAAAAAGUACGUUAAACAUAAGACAUCGAUGCACUUGGCAGGUGUCAAUAAAUAACAUUUCGUAAACAUAUUAUUUUAUAAGUAUAUAAUUUGUUAUGAGCGUCUGAAUUUCAAACAAAAUGAGCAUUUUGUAGAAAAUUUAAUUCUCUAUCGAAUGGUGUAAUUUUUAAAUUUUUUCAAAAAACUGUCUAAGUCAAAUAAUUAAAAUUAAAAAUUUUAAUUUCAAUUUUUUUCAACCAGAUUUUUUUUUCAUGUUUUAAAAAUGUCAUAUUCGUAAACAGAGUGAAAAACUGCAUCUGGUGAUGUAUUCAUGUCAGUUCGUCAAAACCAUACGCCUAACGGUAUUUAUAUUAUUUGACAUUACCAUGCACACAGACUUAACCUCGUAAUCGUCGAAUUAUCGCAUAUUACUAUUUUUUAUUUUGUAGAUGCUUCUUCAAAACUCAAGGGAUGGUCAGAUAUUCGAUGGGACUCACGAUGGAGUUCAAUUAAUGCUAUUAUGAUCAAUUAUGAAUCAAUUGUUGUUGCACUUAAAGAUCUUAUUGACGAAGGUGAUCAUCGUUCUGUUGAUGCAAGAGGUGAAUCGAUUGAUUAUGCUGAAAGUCAACAGUUGAUUACAUCAGUAAUUGAACACCUUGAACGUGAUUGUAAUGAGGAUCAUUUAAAACGAUGUACUUCAAUAUCUUGA